AAGCAGCACAGGGAUCUUUAUAAGUUUGCGGAUCAGAAGCUGCAGAUAACUGGACUAGACUACAGAAGCCAAGCUGUUCUGAGGUUCUCAUGUAAAUUCUCAGUUCUCCUGAUGAAACCAGUAACUGCCAUUUCUACCAGCUCCAAUAUCCAGCUAUGGGAUACAGCAGGCCAGGAGCGCUUCAGAAAGAGCAUGGUGCAGCACUAUUACAGGAAUGUACAUGCUGUCGUGUUUGUGUAUGAUAUGACAAACAUUGCCAGUUUUCACAGUCUGCCAUCAUGGAUAGAGGAAUGCAAACAACACCUUCUUGCCAAUGAUAUACCACGGAUUCUUGUUGGAAAUAAGUGUGACCUGAGAAGUGCUAUUCAGGUGCCUACGGACUUGGCCCAGAAGUUUGCUGAUACUCACAGUAUGCCGUUAUUUGAAACCUCUGCCAAAAACCCGAAUGACAAUGACCAUGUGGAGGCCAUAUUUAUGACACUGGCUCACAAGCUUAAAAGUCACAAGCCAUUAAUGCUUAGUCAACCCCCAGAUCGAGAUGAAAUACAUAUAAAGCCUGAACCAAAACCUGCCAUGACCUGCUGGUGUUAA